CUGUAGGAGGCCAGCGGACACGGCCCCACUCCUCCCUCGCGGCCAUUGGCUGCUGCUGGACCGGCCCCUUCCUCCCCAGCCAGAGCAUUCAAGAUACCUUUGAAGUGGCCCAAUCCCCACUGAACUCGCCAGGGCUUCAACAUGGCUACCAUCAACGAUGAUCAGGCAGUUUUGGAAACUAUUUUCCACCCAAAUGUUCCCUUUGAUGAAGAUUUGCAAGAGGAGCAGGGGAAACAACAAGCAGUUGAAGGAGGCUUUGAUCCUGAGCUGCUGUGGCAAGCCACUCACCUGGAGGCCCAGGGAAUCGCAGCAGCUGAAGGAGGAGACCUGGAGCUGGCCCUGGAAAAGUUGGACCAAGCCAUCCAGCUGCUCCCAACGCGAGCCUCAGCCUUCAACAACCGUGCACAAGCUCUUCGGCUCAAUGGGGAUGUGGCAAAGGCGCUGGAAGACUUGGAGGCAGCCCUGAAGCUCAGCAAAGGGUCCGGCCCAGUGGCGCGCCAAGGUUUUGUACAACGGGGGCUGAUCCAGCGGUUGCAAGGCCAGGAUGAAGCGGCCCGGAGCAGCUUUGAGCAGGCGGCUGGCCUGGGCAGCGUCUUUGCCCACCGGCAGCUGGCGCUGAUGAACCCUUACGCAGCCCUCUGCAACCAGAUGUUGUCGGAAGUGAUGAGAAAGUCUCACCCGAAAGGGGAGAAGACAACUUGCUGAGGCUGACUUGUGGGGGGAGGGGGCGCGCGAAAGGGCAGCUGAAUAAAGCCCGCGGCUUGGGAGCACGAA